AUGAAUGGAAACGACAUACUUUUAUUCAUUCUGCCUCUAACAUUUCGGAAAGAUUCAUCUGCCAAACACAUGUCUUGGAUAACGAGCAUAAAAAAUUUCGAUCACUUCAAAGAUAACGCGGACUACAUAAAGGCAAUUUACAGCACUUCUUUGGCAUAUCUUCGGGAUUUUUCUCCUGAAAUGUUUUUAAGUGAAAGUGAAUAUUACGACAAUUUCGGUUAUGGCAAAUGUUAUGGUUUAACAAAUUCAUCUGUACAAUGUGAACUCGCUACCGCAGAUUUUAACCUGAAGUCAGCACCUUACAAAAAACGAUUGGUAUGGCAUUUUAAAGAGUUUUGUUCUAAAACAAGUGCACAUGGAAUACCAAUGAUUAGUCGUGCACAAAACAAGUACUACAGAACAAUAUGGGUAUUACUUUUUCUCGGAUGCUUGACGAUGUUGUAUCAUAAUGCUGAAAGUGUUCUCGACAAAUACCAUCGAAAUGAAAAAAUUGUCGAUAUUCAGCUGAAGUUUGAUACGGCGCCAUUUCCUGCUAUUACUUUGUGCAAUUUGAAUCCUUAUAAAGCUAGUCUUGCAACGGACAUAGAUGUCAUUCGCAGAAUGCUAACGGCAUUUGACGGUGCACUGAAUAAAGCAAGUCAGACUAUUUCGUCCAAUAUUAACCAGAGAAAGCAAAGAAAUGCUGGUACUGUGGCAAAGGCUCAAAAAGCUUCAACGUUUGAACCGGGGUACUCAAAAUGUAUAUGCGACGAUUCGAUUGACACUAAAAUGAGCAUGAAGGGACAACAAAAUAGCAGCAUUCCAUGUAUAUGCGCACCGUCUGGUGUUUUCUGUGUUGCCUAUGAUGGUGAUUCUGAUAUAAUCAAUAUCUGGGAAUAUCUGAAAGAUGGUGAAUUCGCUGAAGACUCGACAUUUGUUGAAGCAAUGGGUUUUGAUGGGAUGACUGAUGAGGUAGCAAUUGUAACAAAAGCCAAAGAAAACAUCAUAUUUGCAAUGGCAGCCUUACCAAUGAAAGAUCGGCAAAGAAUUUCAACAACGAAACGUGAACUAGUCCAUAAAUGUUCAUUUAACGGAAUCGCUUGUAACAUCGACCACGAUUUCUUAACUCACGUUGAUCCGAACUUUGGGUCAUGUUUUACUUUCAACCAUAACCGAAGCAUGAAUUUAACUAGUCUUCGAGCAGGCCCGAUGUAUGGUCUUCGGAUAUUGCUGUAUGUAAAUGAAUCGGAAUAUAUGCCGACAACAGAAGCUACCGGAAUUCGACUUACAAUUCAUGACAAGGAAGACUAUCCGUUUCCUGAUACGUUUGGGUAUUCUGCCCCGACUGGAUACAUUUCUUCUUUUGGACUUAGAUUGAAGCGAAUGACAAGGCUUCCGGCACCUUAUGGCGAUUGCAUUCCUGAUGGAAAAACUUCAGACUAUAUCUAUGAGAAUUAUGACUACUCUGUUGAGGGUUGUUAUCGUUCAUGUUUUCAACAGCUUGUUCUAAAGGACUGUCAGUGUGGCGAUCCAAGAUUUCCAUUACCGUCUGGACAUAAACAUUGCAAAGCAACGGAUCCUUCAGCCCGACGUUGUUUGGACAAGCGCACAAAUGAAUUAGGAGAACUGAAUGGAAGUUUUCACUGUCGCUGUCAACAACCUUGUAAGCAGUCCAUUUAUUCAGUAACUUAUUCACCAGCUAAAUGGCCAUCACAUUCAUUGAAUGUACAAUUGGGCAUCUGUAACGGUACAGCAGCUGAAUGUAACAGACAUUAUAAGGAAAAUGGUGCCAUGAUUGAAGUGUUCUACGAACAGCUCAAUUAUGAAAUGCUCACUGAAUCUGAAGCCUAUGGUUUCGUAAAUUUAUUGGCCGAUUUUGGAGGACAGCUUGGCCUUUGGUGCGGUAUUAGUUUUCUUACGUGUUGCGAAUUUAUUUUUCUACUUUGCGAAACAGCUUAUAUGUCUGCGCAGUACAAUUAUAUCUUGUGGAAGAAGAAAAAGGAAAAAGCGAGAGAAUUGGACAAGCACAAUAAUUUACUGUGA